UUUAUAGGCGCAAAGUUAAACAGGGAUUUUCACUACUACUGUAUGAAAUCAAAGUAUAGUGGAGCCAUCUGAAGACCAAAGCUAUAAGCUUUAAUGAUGAAAAUUUUAAUUUGUCUGUAUGUCAUGAUGAACCUUAUUCAAAGGCAGACUCUGGCCUUUAUGCCAUUGUGGACAAAAUCAAAGAGGCAUCAGGACAUUACUCGAGAUGCAAUUUUACAGACAACAGCUGAUGUCUGCAGAUUGCAAGCACUCCAGGACAGGAGAGAUUUUCUUCUGCCAAGCCCGCUUACUGUAGAGUCAGUGGCAAGAGUUUGUUCCUCAUCAGAGUCAGCCAAAAAUUUCAAAAGCAGCAUUAAUAAGAUAAAUAGCUUUAAUGCAUGGGUUGACUUCCGCUAUCCCUUUAGUGCACAAUAUCAUUUUGACAACGAGGAGUUUUUGUCUGGACAGAAACUUAUUACUGAAGGUGUUAUGGCUGUCAAAUACAGCAUCAAACAACAGAGCUAUGAAGCUGCCAAAGAAGUACUAGGGAAAAUUUUACACACUUUACAGGACUUCUACAGUCAUAGCAACUGGAUUGAACUAGGAAAGAGAGAACCUUAUUCCAACCUGAUUAAACCAGACACCCCAGUCAGCAACAUAGCAGAUUCAGAAACAUGCAGGAAAUGCAAUGGCAAGGACUGCACAAACAACAUCCUAGAAGAGAUCAUGGCAAACCAGAAACUAACAUCAGGAUACUUUGGCUUCUCCAAACCAAAAGGAAAGUGCAGUCAUGGAGGAACAUUUGAUCUGUCAAGUUGGUGGCAAGGUGGCAUAAAUAAGGAUACUAUGCACUCCAGUCAUGGUUAUCUACAUGAAGUUGCAGCAUUGGUAGCCACUGCUGCUACUAGAGAACUACUUGAAGACAUUAGAGCAGCAAUUGGAGAUGCUGAGUUUCUUAGAUUAAUGGGACUCAGCCAGACAUCAGUGCUGUGUUUUGUUAUUGACACCACUGGCAGCAUGUCUGAUGACAUUGCAGAGGUCAGAAGAGUCGCUUCUUCCAUUAUUGACAGUAAGAAGGGCAAUGCAGCUCAACAGUCAGAAUACAUCCUGGUGCCCUUUAAUGACCCUGACUAUGGCCCUCUUACCAGAACAACUGAUCCUCAUGUGUUUAAGCAAAGACUCAAUGCGCUCGUAGCUCAUGAUGGAGGGGAUGCUCCUGAAAUGUGUCUCUCUGGACUCCAGCUUGCUCUCACUGGAUCUCCACCUGGAACUGAGAUUUUUGUUUUUACUGAUGAUGAUGCAAAAGAUAAAAUGUUGAGAAAUACUGUGCAAGCACUAAUAGAAAGAACAAAGUCUGUGGUUACCUUUAUGCUAACUAAUAAUCUUAGACGUCGCCGCAGGAGCAACAGGUUUUUUGGUGGCCAACAGUUCAACUCAAUUAAGGAGGUCUACCAGGACCUGGCUCAGGCCAGUGGGGGCCAUGCUAUUAGGGUUACCAAAAGAACACUACCCCAGGCUACUGGCAUUAUUCUGGAUACAUCAAGAUCUGCACUGGUCACUCUAUUCCAGGCUGUAAGAACCUCAGCAAAACAUGAAACCUUCUCAGUUUUGGUGGAUUUUUUAUUGCAAAACCUGAUAAUUUACAUUACUGGCAACUCUCUAUUUUACACUAUCACCAGUCCCUUAGGUAUCUCACAGAGCAACACUGAACUGAAUGGAGCUUUGGGGAUUAUUCACAAAGUUGGUAACUUUCAUACAUUACGUCCAAAUAUCUCAACGGUUGGACUAUGGCUCUUCAGCAUUACCUCAACACAGCCCUACACCAUCAAAAUUGUUGGUAAAAGUGAGGUUGACUUCCUGUUUGAUUUUGUAGAACUUUCCCAAGGGCUUCAUCCAAGCUAUGUUGUAUUAAACAGCAGGCCUGCUGCACAAACCAAUGUUACCCUGUUGGUCUCCAUGAUUGGUGGGGACAACAUGUGGCCUACAGAGGUGUCUCUGGUGGAAGCUUCACAUUUAAGUUCUUUAAAUGGGACGUUAGUAGACAUAGGUAGUGGGCAGUACUUGGUGACUUUCAACAGCAUCCCAGCAGGAGAGUUCACUGUUCAUAUGGUUGGACAGACCAGUUUUUCUACAACAUCAAAUGACCAUUUUCAAAGACAGUCGGCAACUCAGUUCCAUGCAUCAAGUUUGGCCAUUACUACAGAACCUGUUGGAACAAUGAACCCUGGAAAACCAUUCACACUUCUUUUCCGAGUGGCAACAAGUGGUUCUGGAGGAACCUUUAAUAUCAGAGUCACCAAUGAUCGCAAUUUUGAAACUUAUUUUAAAACAUCCUUAGCUCUCAAAAGUGGGGGCAGUGCAAAUGUAACAGUCACUAUAGUCGCUCCUGGAAAAACGCCCUCCGGAACUGAUGUCACUGUGACGAUCUUCGCUGUAGAACCCUAUGGAAGAGACUUCAACUAUGCUGUGCUGCGCCUGCCUGUUGUAGCACCGGUAACAGAUUUCACUCCUCCAGUAUGUGAGGCUGUUAACAUGAAUGCUAACUGUUCUGGAAGCUGCAGCUUCUCCUCAUGGUACCUCACUGCCAAUGUGACUGAUGGGUCAGGUAUUCAGAGUGUGAGAGUUCUACAGGGAAACGGUCACCUCAACACCACCACUGUGCUCAGUGACACAGGGAGGAAUGUCACUAUGGUAGUCUACAGCUCAUCAUGCUGCACCCAAGAGUUGCACCUGGUUGCUGUGGAUUCAGUGGGAAAUGUUGCCACCUGCUUUAAGUCUAUGAAAGCUGCAGCUUCACCAAGUAUGCUCACGUGUGGUGCAGAAUUUUGCUUUUUGCCAGUCUGUCUUUGGUCUAAUUUAGUCUAUUUAUUAAUGUUUUAUACCAUAAGUGCAUAAAUAGCACACACUUGUAAAUCUUCGAUACUUUUCUUUUUUAGAUCAUUAAAAAUCACUUUGUGACUACAGUUAGGUCUAUGGUAUUUAUAUGAAGAGUUUCAUCUUUAAUUCAAAAGAUUUAACAAAAACACAAUAAUUAAAUCACAUUGACAUACAGCAUACAAUGUGGCCAGUCAAUGUGUCAGAAUUAUUCCUUAUGCCCU